CCGACACCAUGUCACAGGCUAUCUCCAAACGCGAGAAGAAGAGGGCCCAAGAUCGCAAUGCGCAACGCGCCGCUCGAUAACGUACCAAGGACCGUCUUGCACUGCUGGAGCAUCAAGUCUUGCAGCUGCAAGGCGGUGCUGACAAGGCGCUUUCGGAUGAGCUCGAGCAGAUGCGCCAAGAGCGCCAUGAGUUGCGCGCCAUGACCGAUCAUUUAAUAGCGCUUGCGGGCGAAAUGAAGACAAAAUUAGGGGGCGAUGCUGCGCCCAUUCGAGCAUCGAACGAUGAAGACGAAAAUACCAAUGCUGGCCUCAUCGGCCACAUCUUCCGGGACUACGAAGCACUCAGAACGGUUGGAUCACCCCUUUCGCCUCUCAGCGACACACAUGUUAUCCUCAACGGCAUCUUGAAUGGCUGGAAUGGUUCCGUUAGCGACGAGGAGGAACCCAUCCAGCGCCUCAUGGCUCACCUGCAUCGCCGAUUCAUGCUCGAGCGACCCUUGGCUAGGCCGAUUGAUCAGUUGGCUGUGCUAGAUCUGGUCCAGAUGUCGUUUUUGUUCUUACUCUCCCAACAUGGAGGAUGCCAGUCGUGGGCGUCUCAAAUUCCAGGCUGGCUACGCCCCACACCAGCGCAAGUGAAGAUCCCGCACAAUAUCUCCAUCGACAUGCUUCCAUGGCCACAGCUACGCAUUCACCUGCUUUCAACCCAGCUGGAAGCCGCCGUAAGCACGCAUACCCAACCAUGCGAAACUUUUGCAGUGAACGCUCUUCGAAACCUCUACUUCUCUCCCCUCAUCAACUUCCAAGAUGCGUAUGAGAUCGGCCUUGACCGCAGAAUCGCUGUUAGCGCGCAGUUUCAGCAGUAUUUUGCGCCUACUUCCGUCUCGUGUCCGUUUUCUGUUGAUUCGGAGUUUCUCACUCAAUAUCCUGACUUUCGAGGCCUUGUGCCUGAUUUCAAGGAUCCAGCGAAAGCGAUGAGUAGAUCUCACGGUGGCUCGAGUAUUCCACUACUGCAGAGUCUUUCCCCUCUUAGCCAAUCGGGUCUAGUUCUGGAGGGUGCCGCGAUGACAGCCUCGAAUGAUGAAACCAGAUGCUUGUCACUAGCCAGUGAGGGGCAACACUUGACAAAUACGGAUGAGAUAUCUUCAAGUCUAUCACCACUUGGCCCUCACAGCCUAACUCGUCUAUCGCCAACUAUGCACAAACCAGAGAAUACAGACCAACACCAACCCCAUUCGCUUACCGACCACACAGUCGGUAAUACCUUCAGUAACGAACUAAGCGACAUCUGGCAAGACUCGGUAGAUCUACUAGCCGGUGAUUCUGACGCGACCUGGCUUCUCAGCUCGAAUGCCCUCAACUGAUAAUAUGGUCAGUCUUCUUUGGAGAUGGGUUCAGGCGAACUGCCAGCGUUGGAUCAACUAUAGCACAGCACAAUGGACACAACGCGUACGGAGUGGAGUAUAGUCGGGCCAUUCUACCUCCUCUCCUCGAGAUUACAUAUCCUCUAUCAAUUCUGAUGUAUAUACCUGCUACAAUCCCAAGCAUAUCACGAGGAAGGAG